AUGUAUGGUGGCCCGGGAGGAAUAGUCACUGCUGAUAAGCUUUCUGCUAGUGGCAAGAGUGUGCUUCUAAUCGAAAGAGAACCUCCAUCAUCUUUCAGAUGGGGCGGAAGCUUUACGGGCACAUAUGGCAAGAUAGCGCUGGCAUCAAAUGUCUGGAUGUUGUUCCCAUGGCAGGCUGUGUUCUCGGCGGUGGAACUGCUAUCAACGUGGGCCUUUGAUUCAAGCCUUCAAAGCUUGGACUGGGAUACACAGUUUUCCGAUGGCUGGAAGGCCAAGAACCUGUCUGCUGUCACAAACCGAGCCUUCAGGCGUGUUCCGUGGACUGACGUCCCUUGCAAAGAUGGUGUCUUACACAACCGUCAGACCAGAGACCUAAUGAUGAAGGGGCUCGUCGAAAACGGAUGGAACAGUGUUAAGGCAAACGAUGAGCCAGAUGCCAAGAGAAGAACCGUUUCCCAAUCAGAGUACUUUUACCAGCAUGGCGAGCGAGGUGGGCUCUUGGAAACCCAUCUUGUGUCAGUAGCAGCUCGCGGUAACGUUAAGCUCUGGACGAACACACUCGUCACUAGAGUGGAGAGAAGGGGAGAUAGUGUCAGUGGUGUGCAAGUAGAGUCUGCUGGCGAGGGCGGUUACGAUGGUACCAUUAAACUUGCUGUUGGUGACCGAGUCAUUCUUUCUGCUGGAGUAUUUGGCUCAGCUAAGAUUCUGUUUCGGAGUGGGAUUGGCCCGAAAGAUCAGCUAGAGACUGCCCAGAAAACCGAAGGCGACGUAUUCAUCGACUCUACCCAGUGGAUUGAUCUUCCGGUCGGUCACAACCUCGACGACCAUGUGAACACAAACAUUCUCUUCGAGUACCCAGGCAUAGCCAACUACGACUUCAAUAGCACUUACGACAAUCCCAGUCCGGAUGACGCUGCAGCAUACCUAUGUGAGAUAACAGACCUCUCCAUGCGAGAUGGUUUGACAUUAUUGACUGACAGUGAUCUUGCGGCCAACCGAUCAGGCAUACUGACCCAAGCAGCCCCAGACAAUAACCCCAUCUUCUGGGAUGCGGUCAAAGGAGAGGAUGGCAUCGAAAGAGGGUUUCAAUGGAUGAGCUAUGUUAGCGGGCCGCAUAAAGGCAAGACAUACAAUACUUCUGGCAUGGCAGCUGCCCUUGGACUCGGCAAGACUUCGAGGGGUCGCGCCACAAUCAACUCGUCCCUCAUUAUGAACGUCAGUGUGUUUUCUUACUUCAAUGACGAAGGGAAUCUCGACUUUGUGACUGUUGUAACCACAGUCAGUAGAGUUAUCAAGGCAAUUCCAUCCAUUCCUGGCGCUACAAUGAUCAACCCCGCCCCUAGUCAAGACGUGCGAGACUACGUCCAAAAGUUGUUUGUGGAUAUUGGCCGUACUGCCAAUCACUGGGUUGGAACCACCCGUCUUGGAACCGACUCUGCUCUGGAAGGUGGUAAACCCGUCGUUGAUCUCAACGCGCAAGUCUAUGGAACGAAAAGCCUGCACAUUGUUGACGCAGGAAUACUCAAUGGGAUUUUCACUGCGAAUUCGCAAGCUGGAUUUGUUAUUGCUGCCGAGAAAGUAGCCAAAGAGAUUAUCAAAUUGCAUGGAUAA